UAAUAAAAAAACAAAUAUUUUUAAUUAACCUCAAAUUAAUUAUAAUAUACAAAAUGGUAUUAACAAAAUUAUUGCUCCUCAAACCUUUUGUCUUGUUUAGAAGAAGAGCAUUUUAUUCUACUACAGAAUUGUUUAAUAACAAAGCAAAUAAUGUAUUAUUGUAUUCAUUGAAACAUCCUUACCUCAAAAAGAUGUAUAGAACAGUAGUGUUCUCACAACUAGGGAUAAUUACUAUUUUAUUAUAUUGUAAAUAUAAAGAUCCGUUGAAAGACAUUGAUUUUGAUACUCUUUACAAUGAUGAUGUCAAAACAGAAGAAAUCCUACCACAGCCAACAUCAAUCUUAAAUAAAUUCAAUAUUUUAUCCAAAAUAGGCAAAAAAUUUCAUUUUUCUGGUGAUCAUGUAUAUUGGAAUAGAUUUGACUACUUUUUGUUUUCAUUUGCUGUCGUAACUACGAGUGCAGCUUUUCUUACAAGCAGAAAAAUGGUCUUAAACAUGUGGUCAGAUCCAAAUAAAAAACAAUUUAUCAUAGAAACAUUAGGAUUAUUCAAGCAAAAUCAAAUUACACAUCAUCCUUCCAAAAAUUUUAUAUAUCAUAAUAACUUGAGUCAAGUCAAAUUCAAAAGCAAUUACCUAGUUAACUCGAAUCGAUUUCAAAUUGUGGAAGACCUCAAGGCCCAUAAUUAUACCAUGAAAUUGGUGUUCAAUGAUACAGAUCCAUCAUCAUCAGAAAAUGAUUCAAGAAGACACUUUUGGAGCAGCAAAAAGCGCAAUUACGUUUUAUCCAAGAGGGGAAAUGUUUACAAUGCCAAAUAUUGGGAUUACUUGUUUGGUGUCAGAUGCAUUUAGACACAAAAUAAAUGUAUAAAACCUUAUAAAGAAUUAUUGUGUAUGACCUAAAAUUUAAAUAUUUUUUUUUUAAUAUCUGUGAAGAAUUUUAUAUUUGUAUAUAUAUAUACUGAAGCUUAAUGUUAUUAAAGAA